AUGACUGAUAAAAUAAUAUACCAACCUAAUGAAUUACUGCGUUUAAGACAUUCAAGGAGAUACAAUAUUUAUCUCCCAGAUUUAAUACCAAAUUCCACCAACAAGAGGUUCACCCUAUCAUCACCUCUACCUCCAAUUCCUAGCACCCAAAGACCAAGGUCACAUUUACUUCCUAAAGCCAGUUCUUUACCUUCAGUUCCCUUUCCAUCUUAUGUUUGUGUUUCAGUAACCGAUCCAUCAUCUUUUCCUGUAUCUAACUACAAUAAUUCAAACAAUUAUCAUACAUACUAUGUUCCAGUCAUAAGAAUAGACCCAGGAAUGGCAAUACCACCAGGUGGUAUCCCUUUACAUACUUUGUAUCAACAACAGCAUAAAUCAGAUCAACCGCCACCUCCACCUCCAAAAUCGUUGCUGCGUGGUCAGCGUGAAUCAAAAUACACUAGUGAAGCUUAUAAAAAUGUAAGUCAAUUUGAUCCAAAUCCGAAAAGUGAGAAUGACAAGAUUAGAAGAGAGAGUUAUUGUAGAGACAAGAAUGCUGGAGGUGGGAAUUGUGAUGAAGUUGAGAAUAAUAGUUUGUCAACUUCAAGACCAUUGAAGAGAGGAGUACACAAGACGGUAUUGAAAACCAACAACCAGAUGGCAUCUAUAGAGCAGGUGAUAACUCACACCCAACCAACAGAAGAUCAAGUAUGGUGCUAUCUAAAUCUUGAAGUAAUCCCCGAUCCAAAUGCAAAUGACCCUCAACUCCUAUCUGAAUUCAACGAGCUUGAAAUCGAUCCAAUCGUAUGGAAAUCAUUUAUUACAACAGCUUUAAAUAAGCUAUAUGGGUUAAUUGGAGAAUCCUCACCCUUUGACAUAUUGGCCAGACCAAAUAACAAACAAGCUAUAAUCAAGAUAUAUCGUGACCAAGAGGAAGUUUUCAGGAACAGCUUGAUGGGAUAUACUUUCAAUCUUGGAAGAAUCUCGUCGGUAGAUGUGAAUUGUUAUAUUCGAGUAGUAAAACUGGGUAAUUAUAUAGGACUUGUUAUAGAUUAA